GCUCCUAAACACUCUAACAGGAUGUGGGGGAGAAUGGUAGCUAGCCGGUGCUGGCGGAUGGUGGAGUGCAGGCGGCUGUUGUCGGUACCGCAGAGUCCGACCUGGAGCAUAGAACCAGACACAGGAACACAGUAUGUUCACAUACCUCCAGAGGUUAUUGAUCACCUAGAACGUCUGGCAUUAGUUGACUUUCGGAACCAAGAGGGCGUAGAGCGCUUGGAGAGAGCAAUUCAGUUUGCCAAUCAACUACAAAAGGUUAACACAGAAGGUGUCGAACCAUUGUCAUCAGUGUUGGAGGACAGGGCACUUUACUUGAGAGAUGACACAAUCACAGCUGGAAACUGUACAGAACAUUUGCUAGAGAAUGCAAAGACUGUUGUUGAAGAAUAUUUUGUAGCACCUCCAGGAAACAUUCCUUUGCCAACACAGAAGGACAAUAUAUACGCCUCUUCUAUCAAUUAGGACCUGUAUCUGGUGUGAAAACAAAGAAUGCAGCACUAGGAAAUCUCACUGUUUUAUUAGGACAGCUACAGAUGUUUAUUUAACUGAAACACUUCCAUAAUAAAAAGGAAACACAUACAAACUUCA